AAUUAAUCCUGAUGACUAUUCUUUCAUUUAAAAGAGUGUAAAUUGAAUUCAUGAAAAAUAUCAUUUAUAAAUAAAACAAAUCAACACAAACCAAUCAAAUGGAUUAAGAAAGUUAAAAAAAAAAUGAAAAUUAAAACUAAGCUCAAAUUAACUUGAACAAUUAAAAUCUCACAUCAGCUGUUUAAGAAUAAUUUGAUAAUGAUGAAUUAGAAUUUUGUAAUUAAUGUAAUUAAUGUGGUGGUGAAGGAUUAAAUAGAAUGUGUAAAAUUACUAUUCCUUUUGUCAGAGAUCUCAUUAUUAUGUCAUUUUCAUGUGAUGAGUGUGGAUAUAAGGAUACUGAAGUUAAAGGAGCUAAUGGUAUUACUCCUUAAGGGAAAAUGUUUAGAUUGAAUGUCAACAGUUAAAAUGAUUUAAAGAGAGAUGUAUUUAAAUCUGAAACAGCCAGUUUAUAAAUACCAGAAAUUGAAUUAGAAAUGUGUACUGGCACAUUAGGAUCUCUAUUUACUACAAUCUAAGGUUUAAUCUAAAAGAUCUUAGAUCAUUUAAGAGACAAAACCCCUAUUUAUAAUGGUGAUGAUCCAUAUAGGGAUAAUAAAUUACAAAAGGUUUUCGAUUAAUUACAAGCUUUUCAUGAAGGAACUUAAAAUUUCACAAUAAUUAUUAGAGAUUUGAUUGAUAGCAGCUUUGUUUCCAAUGUUGGAGAUCCUAAUACAGAUUUCAAUUUAUAAGUUAUUACAUUCGAUAGAACAGAGGAGGAUAAUGAUGAAUUAGGAAUAGAUACAAUGAACACUGAAAAUUACUUUUGAUUUAAUACAUUAUAUACAUUCUCCUAUACAUAUUUAAAUGCACUUAAUCCAUUCAAAAAUGCUUACCUAAGUAUUAACUGAAGAGUUCAUAAACAAGAAAUGUUAUACUAUUAGUAGGUAAUACUCUUAUUAAAUCUGGUAUUAAACCUUUGUAGAAUCCUCUUAUAGCAUCUUAUUCAUAUAUAACUCUACAAAUAUCAAUAAUUCUAACUCUUGAUCUGA